AUGUCCCUCACCGGCCAAACCGCUCUCAUCCCUGGCGGUGUCAAGAACCUCGGCGCCCAGAUUGCCCGCGAACUGGCCGCCCAGGGUGCCAACCUCGCCCUACACUACCAUUCCGCCGGCAGCCAGUCCGAUGCCUCCAGCCUCUCCGCCGAGCUGAAGCAGAAGUAUCCGUCCCUGAAGAUUGCAACCUACCAGGGUGACCUGACACGCGCCGCGGCCGUCACCAAGCUGUUCCAGGACACGCUGAAAGAGUUCGGCAAGAUCGACAUCGUCGUGAACACGGUCGGCAAAGUGCUCAAGAAACCGAUCACGGAGAUCAGCGAGGAGGAAUAUGAUGAGAUGUUUGCCAUCAACUCCAAAACCGCCUUCUUCGUUCUCAAAGAAGCCGCCGCGCAUAUCUCGGAUGGUGGCAAGAUCAUUACCAUCGUCACGGCUCUGCUCGGCGCCUUUACGGGCUUCUAUACCUCCUACGCAGGGAGCAAAGCUCCUGUGGAACAUUUUACUCGAGGCGUCUGCAAAGAACUCCAAUCCCGCCGCGUCAGUGUCAACAACGUUGCUCCGGGACCGAUGGAUACGCCGUUCUUCUACCCCCAAGAAUCACCCGAGGCCGUCGAGUUCCACAAAGCCAACGGCAUGGGCAACCGCCUAACCAUGGUGCAGGACAUCGCGCCUAUCAUCCGCUUCCUGUGUACCGAGGGGACUUGGAUUACGGGGCAGACGAUCUUUGCGAAUGGAGGAUAUACUACUCGUUAG